AUGGACUGUUUCCCCGCUGGGUAUCCUCUUCUCGGUCGAGGCGUUCUCCUCGAAGCUGCAGUCACCUCCAACAGUCCCUUCGCGAAGGUAACAACGGUAGUGUCCAGCUUACUCGCGGAUCGACUACCUGUAGUGAUCGGUUUACUCGAAGAGAAAUAAGAAGAAAAAGAAGAAGAAGAGGAAGACAGGAUGAAAUCCAUCGGGAGGCUCGUCUGUCUCGUCUGGGGUACGUUAAGAUGGAAAAUUUUUUACCAAAAUUUUUAAGCUCCAUUUUUACAAGUCUUAGCUAUUUACGAGUCUUAUUUCGUCGCGGUUCCCUCGCGAGGGGAGAACCGCGAUCCCGUCACGAUCCCGUGAGUACGCAGGCUGCUUCACGCGUGAAAAGAAAAGCAUCAUCGCGGACCAUGACGAGCCAUAACCAACGAUGGCUCGUCGAACGAUUUUCGUUUUUCACGGUGAAGUGAAUUCCUUGCAUGGAGAGCGAAAGUCAUUUCUUAAUUUUUUACUUAACCCUUAAGGGGAGUGUUUUUGUUCCAGAGUAUCGUACAGAUAAUCCGAGACGUUUAAUUAAUUUACUUAUAAAACAAUAGACGUUACAAUACUACGCUACAGAAGAUACUUUUAGAUUUUUGGUAAUUUCAGCGCCCCAAGGGGUUAAAUAAUUUCGAACGCACCGGAAAAAGUCAAGAUUUCUUCAAGAGGAGUGUUUUCACUCCUAGGUCCGCAGACAAAAGAAAAAAAGAAAAGAAAUUGUCCAUUGCGCUGGUUUCUACGCUCGGAGCCUGUGUCCUCGGGCUGCAACGACCACCACCCAGAUACUCGCAACAGUACAUGCCGGAAACUUCCUUCACUUGUCGCAACAAGAUUGUAGGAAGCUAUUACGCCGACCCGGAGACUGACUGCCAAGUGUUUCACGUCUGCGUGUCCGUGGCCGGCACCGUUCAAGACUACAAGUUCUUGUGUCCCAACGACACCGCGUUCGACCAAGAAAGUCAGACCUGCGCGGACUGGUACGACGUUGACUGUGAGGCAGCCACCCUCUACUACGCCAGCGACAAUUUCGACCUGUACAGGAUAGGAUCGGGCCUGGAGUCGCUUCACUACGACAGCAUACGCAGCGAUGCCGAGCCGCAAGACCAUCUUCAACGAUCCGAGACCAGCGACCCUGUCCGUUCAUCCGCCAAUACCCUCAACAGAGUACAGUCCUCGAACAAUUACAACGCCAACAGGGACCUGAGAGGCAGCAGCAGCGGCAACUUUUACAACAAUCGGAACGGCAAGGAUGAAGACUACGAGAACGAGAGGCCCUACAAGGACGAGGUUGCUCAAGAGAAGAAGAAAACGGGUGUCAGAAAGGUCAGCAGGAAGCAGCAGUACAAUGACAAUGGCAGCAGCAAUUACGUAGCGUCGAGCACGAGCGUGCCUGCCCCCGCCAACCAGAACACGUACACCGGUUUCUACAGCGGUAACAACUACAAUCAACGGGCGAACGGCUUCGUACCGUCGACCAGUGCUAGGCCCCAAGAAAGUAGUUUCAACAAGAAUCAGAACAACGCGCAGAGAUACAACACGCCGUCGUCGACUUAUCGGCCGAGCACUAACGCCGGCGGUUUCAGCCAGAGUACAACGGCGAAGCCGUUCAGUCAGAGCACCAGUUACAGCAAGAAUUACAAUCAGAAUUACAACAACGGCGGACAGCCGUUCGCGCCGUCCACAACCUUGCAACCUAGCACCAGUUACCAGGCGAACGACUACAACAAUUACCAGAGAAAUUAUAAUAAUAUUCAACGUACGAGUAAUAACGUACCCUAUCAGUCUACCACCGCUUCACCCACCAUUUAUGAUAAUAAUUACAGUAACAACAACAACAACAACAAUAAUAAUAAUAAUAAUAACAAUGGACAGUAUAGACCUGGCACGACCAUCAGGCAGGACAUCUCUCAAUCAACCACUAAAUACUUCCCCAGUUACGCAAGCAGCAAUUACGCGCCUACAACAUACAGUCCAGCUACGAAGAAGUACAACGACAACGCGCAGGCGCAGACCGCCGUAAGGAACAAUGAGAACGGACAGUAUUAUGAGAAAUCUAGCCAAUCUGUGAAAAGUUCGUCUCAGUAUUACGAGGUAACGAAAGCGCCGAAAAAGGCCACGCAAUACAACAAUUACGAUGGACCGAACGGGAAAUAUUACACGGAAACCAGCACGGGGAACUAUGAUCUGGCAAGAUCCUCCGUUGGGAUAGGGUUCAGUCCUGCUAGUAUCAAUCAUCUGGCUGAGACGCCAAGACCUACCACCCCGGUGCCAAGGAGGAUCUCUACAGUUACGACCUACAAUCCGAACAACUUCAAUUCAAACACCCAGAGACCACCGCAAUCGCCGACAACCCCUAGAGAAAGUACCUACGUCAGUGGAUCUGCCAGACCGUUCUCGUCAACGACGAGGCUACCCAGUACCACUACACCGCGACCGAAAUCUGGGAAGAAGAACGACUACGACUAUGCCUAUUACGACAACACCGCUGGAUUGGAGUACGACAGCCUCGAUUUGGAACACGUGACCGUGAACAAGGAGUCGACGAAGAUCGCGAGGAACUGA